UAUGGCGGCGCCCAACAGCUACAGUUUUGAGGAAUCCCGUGCUUCCUUCACUCCAUCUGACAGAUGUAACUAAGGUGUGCGUCAUGUAGCUUGAUCAGAAGGUGUAAUCUUCAGAUACAACUCAGUUUCAAACACCCAUACAGUCAUGUCUGUUACACCAAAGAAAUGUGCGAUACGAGUCGACCCACCAACCCUGAUCCUUACCUACACCGAUGACUCUACAGGUAAGGUUCGUCAACGCUCAAUGCCAUUACGGAACUUUACCAAACGCUCUGGAGUUGAUCGCUUUGUAAAUGAGCUUAAAACUAACCCUCGCCACAAGAAGUAUCUUGAGAAUGUCAGCGCCGCUCAGAUCGCAAAACUACUCAAGAUUAUCAAAGAGCGACAGUCGGGACUCAGCAUGGAAGCGUCGGUGGAUAAAGUGAAGAAGGAGCUAUCCGUUGAUCCCGAGGAAGACCUCAAUAAGUUAGACGAUGAUGCACUGGAGCAGAAGAAACACAUCAUGGAUAAGACGUUUGAGAAGAAUCGUAAGAAGCCAGGUGAUGAGGAUUUUCAGUAUGAUAUUGAUGUUGAUUUUGGGGAUGGAGGAAUCGAGUGUUCUGGAUGGGACUCUGGAGAAGAAUCAGAUCCAAGUUUCUAAAUUGGGCAGUUUUAUUCAGGAUUGGUUGAGCUGACAUAGUUUGUGUGAUCAACUUAAGUCAUGAAAUGACAAACCUGUGAAAACUUUGCAGGUUCUUUAUUAGGUUUCAGAUGCUGUAUUCAGUUUUCCUGAGCAUGACUUUAUUUCACAAAACGUUUUACAUGUAUAAGGAAAAAUUUCCUUGAAAGAAUGGUCCAAAUAUGGAAUUCAUUAUCAGUAAGCUUUCAGACUGAAAUUUAACAACAAUGUUUUGUUUAUCCUGACCAAUCCUGAAUUUAUUCCAUUAAAUGUUGUAUUUGUUUUAAAGGGAAGGUACACGUUUGGUAAUUGUCAAAGACCAGUCUUCUCACUUGGUGAAUCCC